CGAAAGCUGCUGCUCAGUGUAUCGUCCGUGGUUGCGCGAUCCACAAAUUAAAAAAAAAAUCAGUCAUCACACCUUUCCUUCGCCAGUCAGCAGCUCAGCAAUAGAAAAUAAUAUUCAGCUAUUAAUCGUGACCGAGAACCGCUACUGUCUCCGGUGGACCGUCGUGUGAGCGCGUCCGGGGCGGGCAAUAAUCUUGUGCUGGUGAUUCUUCGCCCAGCACGCGUGUGCUCGUCAUAAGAAGUUGGUGCUCUCGCCCGCGGGGAAGGUUCGAAAAUAAUAUUUUCCUCCUUGAUCCGAUGAAUCAGAGGUGAAAUUCUUUCUCUUGGUGGCUGCGAAUAUCAGUGGCUAAAGAAGAAGAAAAAGGAAGAAUCCGUGUAAGUGGUGCAAAAAGUGAAGCGAUUAAAGAAUAUAAUAAAAAAUUCUGUUGUUCUGUGAGGGCAAAGGAAGAAGGAAGAGUCGCUCGUUCGGGGUUGCGUGAAACCGGAAGAGAAAGGAAGUGUGCUAGCGUGUCUGAGGGCCAAUCGAAGGUGCAGGCAAUGUAUUUCUACAAACUGAAACUGCUGCAGCCAGCGCAGCUGAAGAAGCUCGGCGAUCACAAGUAUUCCUGCAGCAACGUAAGCUUGCUGGAUCCGUUCCUGCAGCCGUGGUGGUGCUGGCUGGUCAGUAAAGUUCCGCUCUGGCUGGCACCGAACCUGAUCACAAUCGUCGGACUGAUUAUCAACAUUGUGACAACGCUUAUUCUUAUCUACUUCAGUCCAAACGGUCGGGAGGAACCACCGCGGUGGGCCAGCGCCCUGUGUGCCCUUGGCCUGUUCAUCUACCAAAGUCUGGACGCAAUCGAUGGCAAACAGGCCCGGCGAACCAACUCGUCCACACCGCUGGGUGAGCUGUUCGACCAUGGUUGCGAUUCGAUAUCGACCGUGUUCGUGGCCCUGUCGGCGUGCAUUUCCGUACAGCUCGGAUUCUAUCCCCGGUGGAUGUUCUUCCAGUGCUUCUGUGCGAUGACACUGUUCUACUGUGCCCACUGGCAGACGUACGUGUCCGGUACGCUGCGGUUCGGCAAGAUCGACGUCACCGAAGCGCAGUGCACCAUCAUCGGGAUUCACCUGAUAUCGGCCAUCUUCGGACCGUCGAUCUGGAUGACGAAAAUCCCGAUAAUUGCCAGGACGUGGAACGUGUUUGCGGUCUGUGGGAUCUUCACCCUCGGUUAUCUGCAAGUGUUUAUCACCUUCUGUAAAAUGUUCCACGACGGUGGCGUCGGUAAAAAUGGCUCAACCGUUGCUCUUCCGAUACUGGGUGGCGUCGACAUUAAGAUAGUACCACUUUACUUUGCCGUGUUUGUGUUUGGGCUGUUAGCGUAUGAGAACGCGUCCGUGAUCUUCACGGGGGGCGUCGGCAAGAAUGGAUCAACCGUUGCCGGAACCAGCGUCCUGUCGCCCAUCAUACCGUUCCUGUUCGUCGUGGUGCCAGCGUACGUCAUCUCGCAAAAAUCCACCGACCACAUCUACGAAAACUACCCCGCGCUGUACAUCAUGGCAUUCGGGAUGAUCACCGCCAAGGUUACCAACCGGUUAGUGGUUGCCCAUAUGACCAAAAGUGAAAUGGAAUACCUGGAUUGGGGUCUGAUUGGACCUCUGUGUCUGUUCCUGAAUCAGUACUUUAAUAGUUUUCUGCCGGAGUACUAUGUGCUCUGGUUCGCGAUGUUGUGGUGUUCAGUGGAUCUGGUGCGGUACUGUGGUCAGGUGUGUCUGGAGAUCUGCGCCUACCUGCGGAUCGAGCUGUUCCGCAUCCCAUACCCGCCGAAGCCGCUCAUGACAUCACAAGGUACGAAUCCCCCGCACCACCAUCACCAUCACGAAGGUAGAAACGCAUCGUCAUCGUCGGAAGCGGAGGACCACUCCUUCAACAACAACAACAGCAGCAGCAACAGCAGUAGCCGUGCCAGCAAAUCGCCCCAGUCCAGCCCGCUUCGGAACCUGAUCGUGCCUCCGUCGUUCAAGCGGGCUCCAUCGUCCGAGGAUGGCGGUACUCCGCAGGUUACACCUCAAGCGUCACCCAGACGACCACACCAGCACUAGGUAGGACACACCGAUUCUGGCGAUUUUGGUUACAAACCUCUUGAACGUCUUAUCGCCACACCGAGAAGCAUAAUUACCGCUUUUUUCCCUUCGCUACCGGAUAACCAACGAGAAUUCGCGCUCUUUUAACCGAAGGAAGUGAUCUUCAUCUAGUUUGGAAAUAGUCAAUUUGAUCAAACGCCGCGAACUUGCCUUAGUAAAGAAGGGGAAAUUGGAAUGUAUAUAAGUCGAAUAGUAAUGGUUGUGUAAUCGUUUUGCAGCUUUACGGUUACGGAAUUCAACAAUCAAUCCAUAUCAUAUGGUGGAGACGCAUGGUUAUCUGUCAUUUUCGGUUUGAAACUGCCGGGUAACGAUGCUUCUGCAUUAUACGAAUUUUAUCAAAUUCCUAAAAAGCGGUAACGCGAUUACAUCACACCGUCGAGUUCAUUCGUUGGCCAUUCUUAUUUUUGGUAAUAAAAGACAAUAACAAUAAGAAGGGAAAUAUGAUUUUGUUCAAACUUUUGUCUUGUUUUAGUAUCUUUGCUUAUUGGUAGCGUGAUUUGGGUUAACAUAUUAAAACGUAAUGGACAUUGUUUCUGCCGGUAACUAGUAUCGGAAAAUGUUGCUUGUAUAUAAAAGAGCAAAAUGUGCUGUGUGGAAAACGUAGUGACUCGAGCGUGUAGUUCUAGCUAUUCGAUAGUUGUAUUUAUUUAUUAGGGAUGAUGAUUGAAUAACAAUGCAAUAGACUAAA